AUGGCAGAUCCAAUAAGCACUGCUUCUGGGCUGCUAGCAUUGGCAGUGUUUGCUUUUCAAUCCAGCGCACAGCUCUACCAGCUGGUGCAAAGCUUUCAGAGCCAUCAGAGGGUUGUGCGUGAGCUUAGGGAAGAGCUCGAGGACCUGAAUGGGGUCUUACGAUCUCUUCAAGAGACCGCCGCCAGCACGGAUGCCGAUCUUACAGCGCUUAAGCUCCCUCUCCUCCGCUGCGGCAAGGCAUGUAAGGACUUCGAAGCGAUAAUUGUCAGAUGUACAGCCCACUCCAAUGGAUCUAGGACGAGUUUUAGAGACUGGGCAAAAUUAAAAUACAUGGGGGAUGACAUAGUUGGAUUUAAAACCAUGCUGGCAGGUUAUAAAUCUACUAUCUCUAUUGCGCUCGGUGACGCAAAUAUGCGUACGGCCGCGAUUACCGUCAACGUCCUCAAAGAAUACAAACAACUAAUCUCGAAUACGACCUCCGACCUCGAAGACCACCUCGAAAAUAUCAACUGCAAACUACAGACCAUCUCUUCACAAGGCGCGGGAAUUUCAAAUGAAGAUACCGCCGAGCGACAACAAUUACAGGAGGAAAGGGACAGCACUCAAAAAUGCCUUGAUAUCUGCGCCUAUGUCUUGACGCAAAUAGACCAACUUCAGCCUAACGCUUUCAUAAACAUCUCAGCAACAUAUCAAGUGCCCGUCACCACACUUAGUGGCCUUACUUCCGCUCAGCUAGUCACUUCCAAUACCUUUAAGGCGUGCAGAGAGAAACUCACCAAUACGGCCACUCAGCUUGAAAGACAGCUCCAAGAUAUCAACAAUCGACUACAAAAAUUCUCCUCGUCAUCAGUAAACAUAUCGAACGAACAAGCGGCUGACCAAGAAAGGUUGAAAGAAGAAAGGGACAGCAUCAAACAAAGCUUAGACAUUUGCACCGAGGCCUCUAAGCAAGCAAGCCAAGAACGAACCAAUGUCUUCGAAGAUAUUUCUAUGGCGGAUAAUGGCUAUCAAAUGCUCGUCUCAACGGUUGGGGACCUGAUAUCAGCAAAGCGCGUCACUAUUGGGUCCGGAUCGUUACAGGUGAUGGGGCAGAUGUCUGAUGAUUCUCUCCAGCAACUCUCACGUGAUCUCGGUUCUACUAGAAUUAGUCCGGCAUUUGAGAACCGCUAUGGAACGGGAUUCAAGCUCAGCUCACAAACCCCGAAGGACCUAGGAGCGACACAGAAGUAG